UCCUGUUAGAAAAGGGACGAAGAAGAAGUUGUGUUGACUUGUGAUCAUGCUAACCAGAAAUGUCGGAGUCUCCAGACGCACACAGCUUACUCUCAGCUUCUUCUCAGCUCAACCUGAUGGAGGUGGAAGCGAUCGACGAUAAGGAGUUCGAUAUUCCCCAAGUAGACACACCUCCGACUCUGGAAAGCAUCCUCAAUGAGCUAGAGGACGAGGAGGAACCAUUCGUGUUGGAAGACACCUGUGUACUAAACACAGACAACAUCGAUGCUUACUCCUGUGACACCUCAUCUCUCGCCAGCUCGGACAGUGGAGACCCAGCACACCUUAAACGGAAGAGGAGGACAUUGGAUUUAAACACAGCAGUCCAUGGGUCUGUUCUUCGCCAGAGUCUGCUGAAGGGCAUCUCCGCACAGAUCGUCUCUGCUGCCGACAAGGUUGAUGCUGGACUGCCCACUGCGAUAACGGUCUCUGGUGUGAUUGCUGUGGGAACGUCUCAUGGUCUGGCUCUGGUCUUUGAUAACAACCAGGCUCUGAGGCUCUGUCUGGGUACCAAGUCAACGGGAGCAGAGUUCGGGGCUGUUUCUGCUCUGACCAUCAACCAUGACUGCUCCAGACUUCUCUGUGGAUUUGCCAGAGGACAGAUAACGAUGUGGGAUCUUGCCAAUGGAAAGCUCUUGAGAACGAUCAAUGAUGCCCACCCUCCAGGGACAGCUAUACUACAUGUGAAGUUCACAGAUGACCCUACUCUUGCUGUAUGCAAUGACAGCGGAGGAUCAGUUUUCGAGCUGGCUUUCAGGAGGGUGAUGGGCAUGCGUUCCUGUGACUCUCGAUGUCUCUUUAGUGGUUCCAAAGGAGAGGUCUGCUGCAUUGAACCAUUGCGUGCUCCUCCAGACUUUAGAGACCAUCCAAUCACACACUACUCUCUGUUGGCAAUGGCCUCUCUCACUAAGAUUUUGGUUAUUGGACUAAAGCCCUCCCUGAAAGUCUGGAUGACCUUUCCAUACACUAAGUCUGAUCCGUCCAGCGUUCCUCAGCUGGCCUGGCAGUUUGUUCCUGCUCAGAAGACGAUCACCCCGGUACUGGCCUUUUGCAAAGGAGACACGGUCCACUUCCUCCUGGUUAAGAAAGAGGAGUCGGGGACGAUCCACGUCAUCAAACAAAGACAACUCCACCUCACCUGUGACAUCAUCAGCUUAAGUUGGAUUAACAGUCGCACACUGGUCCUGGUAGACAGCCAUGAAAAGCUGCAGGUUGUGGACCGACCCAGUCAAGAGGUGUUGGAGACUCUGGACUUGGAGCAGGUGCAGCUGGUCUACAACAGCCGGCAUUUCAAAUCCCUGGCCACUGGAGGGAACGUCUCCCAGGCUCUGGCACUAGUUGGAGAAAAGGCCUGCUACCAGUCGGUCUCAAGCCACGAAGGACAGAUCCUGUAUUUGGGCACAAAGUCAGCACACAUCAUGACUCUGAGAACCUGGAGAGAGCGUAUCGACUUUCUGAUGAAACAGGAGCACUUUGUUGAGGCUCUCUCUCUGGGCUGGUCGUUCCAUGAGGGAACAGCUAAGGCUGUAGUUGGUCUGUUUGGAGAUCCAGUGAAAAGGAAGAGAGUGGUUGCUGAUAAGAUGGUAGAGCUCUUUUUCCAGUUUGCAGAGCACGCUUUAAAGAAGUGUCCAGAACAAGGCAAGAUCCAAGUGAUGGAGCAACAUUUUCAAGAUGUCAUUCCAGUCCUGGUGGAUUACUGCCUGCUGCUGCAGAGAGCUGACCUGCUCUUCAACCAGCUGUACUCCCAGCUGGCAGAGAACAUGGUUGCCAAGGGGGUCUUUCUGGAGUCACUGGAGUCAUACAUCGUCGCAGACCGCCUUGGCCACCUGACCACGCCCAUCAUGAAGGACCUCUUGGCCCAUUAUCAUAGCACUGGUAAAAUGGAGAACCUGGAGAGGUGCAUUGUCCAUCUGGACAUCACCAACCUGGACAUACAGCAGGUGGUCCAAAUAUGUUGGGAGAACCAACUCCAUGAUGCAAUGAUCUAUGUAUUCAACAGUGGUAUGAACGACUACAUCACACCUAUGGAGAAACUCUUUGCAGUUAUUGGUCCACCUCUCAAGUACGGGAAGAGCCUGACAGAUGAGGAGGUGGUGAUGGGGAACAAACUUCUGGUGUACAUAAGCUGCUGUCUUGCAGGAAGAGCAUAUCCUCUAGGAGACAUCCCUGAAGACCUCGUGGUUCAAGUAAAGAACCAGGUGUUCGAGUUCCUCAUUCGUCUUCAUUCAGGUGACUCAUCAGAGGAGGAGGAGGUUUUCCCCUUUAUUCGUUCUCUUCUCCACUUUGACACCCGAGAGUUCCUCAAUGUCCUCGCCAUGACAUUUGAAGACUUUAAGAACGAUAAGCAGGCCCUUGAAUACCAGCAGAGGAUAGUGGACAUCUUGCUUCAGGUGAUGGUGGACAACUCUGACUACACUCCUUCCCAGGUGGGAGGACUCUUCACCUUUUUGGCUCGCCAGUUGGCCAAACCAGACAACACACUCUUUGUGAACAGGAAACUCUUUGAUCAGGUUCUGGACUUUCUGUGUUGUCCAGACGAUGACUCCCGUCACACUGAGAGGCAGCAGGUUCUACUGGAGCUGCUGCAGGUCGGGGGUGUUGUCCAGUAUAACGAGGAACGCCUGUUGGCUUUAGCAGAGAAGGCCAAGUUCUAUCAGAUCUGUGAGUUUCUAUACGAGAAGAACAAUUUGUACGACAAGAUCAUUGACUGCUACCUCAGAGACCCUCUCAGAAAGGUGGAGAUCUUCAGCUACAUCCACAACCUGCUAUCCAUGCCUGGCUACAGCCUUGAGGACAAACAGACUGUCCUGGACAAAGUACUACGACACAUUCAGGAGUUGAUCGCCCUUGAUGUCACCAACUCAGCUGAGCUGGUGUUGUUUCACUUCCCUGGAGAAGUGCAACAGAUUACCUCUGAGCUUCAGGAUGACCAAUUACUCAUGAAGUUCCUCAGUUGUCUCCUCGAGCCAAGAGAGGGACAUCAUUCAGCGACCGUCCUGCCAGCCGAACACGAGCUUCACGAGCGUCUGCUGGAUUUGCUCUGCCGCCUUUCUCCUCAGCAGAUCCUGAACUUCCUCCAGACUUCUCAGCACUACCGACUGGAAGAGGCCAUACAAAUCAUAGAGAAGUACCAACACAACGAGGCUUCAGCAUAUCUGCUGGAGAAGAAGGGAGAUUAUCAAGGAGCUUUUGCUGUCUUGUUAAAGACACUGAAACAAAAGCUGAGUCUCCUUACUGCCGGGAUCGACCGAGGAUCUGAAGGAGGAAGUCUGGAAGAAGAGGACGGAGACAGCAAACCGUCCCUGACUAUCGUGAAGGAUUCUCUAAAUAACAUCAUCGACUUGUGUCAUCACAGCUCUGAGAACCUCUACCAGCAGCAAAGAGAGGUCCAGUGGUUUCCACUCCUGGAGACGAUGAUGGUUUUUCAAAGAGAAGUGAAGCAGCACGGCUCGACACACACAUUUCAGGUGAUACGAGAGCUGACGAUGAAGGUUCUCAACUGUAUGAGCAGCUUUAUUUCUCUCCCGGCCAUCAUCCAACGAAUCCUUCAGGACCCCGUGUACGGGACAGGAAAACUAUCAGAAAUCCAGGGACUCAUCCUGGGUAUGCUGGACACCUUUAACUACGAACAGACUCUACUUGAAACAACCACCAGUCUGCUGAACCAUGACCUCCACUGGUCCCUGGCUCAUCUUCAUGCUGCAGUCACAAAGGGACUCCACCCCCGACAGGACUACUGUUACAUCUGCCUGCAGCACUACAAGAGAAGGCAGGACUCUGUUGAGGAGAUUAUUGUGUUCAGCUGUGGUCACCUGUACCACUUCCAGUGCCUGCAGCAGAAGGACUAUUGUUGGGGCUCUGCCUCACAGCUUCAACAAAGGUGGAGCUGCUACAAAUGUUCCUCCAGCCACGGAGGGAGGAGUGGGUCCUCUAUUAAAGCAGGAAGACAUCGCAGUUCAUCCCUGGCACAGACUUGUGUUUCAUCAGGGCAUCGUGAUGCAGGAGCAGAGGCUGACAGCACCAUGGUGGUGGUUGAGGCGUCAUUGAACCUGCAGCAGGAACAGUCCUGGGAUCAGCUACGCACUUUAUACAAAGGACCGUCGAGGUUAUCCAUGCUUUCACAACUCUCCCACGGCCACAGCAGCGAUAAGAAGUUGCUCCCAAUCCCAGCCGAUCUCAGGACGGAGAACUCCUCUCUGAAGCUCUCUCCUCCGCCUCUGAUGGAAGACUAGCACUGGGCCUGUGUGGAGAGACGUGCAUGUGUUGGAGUUUACUGCUGUACAACUAAUGACGUGUGAUUUAAAAAAUGUUAAUAAUCAUGACAACGAGUAAGGCUGGUGAUUUUUAUCAUUAGUGCAUGAAUAAUAAAACAGUGACCAAAUUCUUACAUCUAAAAUCAUUUAACAGCGGGCUGGGCAGAUACAUGUUGGCGGUGAUGACGUGCCUUUGUGACUGAAUGAACAUUUAUAGGGAUCCACCACUUGUGAUGAACAUUACAGAACAGGAGACGGUUUCUUUAAAUCCUUCAGGGAUCUCGUGGCUAUGAAGGAACAUUAUACUGUUUUUACAGGAAAAGUUUAUGAGACUUUCCCUCAUAAUGUAUUUCUAGCCAAUAGAGGUUCACGGCUCUUGUGUGUAUGAAGUCUGUGUUGAAGGUGUUCAAUAUUAGAGAGGAGAAUUCUGUAAAAAAGAAAAUGUUGAUGCCUCAUAAGUCCUUGUUUACUACUGUGAUUCUUUUUUCCACAAAAUAAACUAAAAUCAUUCCUUGA